AGGUGGUGGUCGGGGAGCAACAUCCACUCCAUUCACCGCCCAAAAAAAAUAAAAAAUUCGACACCCCGGGCCGACCACGCCCCGCGGGAGGUGGAUAAACAGGUGUCCAGGUGCCUCCAACUUCCGCCAUGGGAGCGGGGAAGACGGAGCUCGUUUAGCGGGGGUCGGAGCGAUGAAGUUCGGGAAGAGCAUCUGCGUGCUGAACGUCGGGGGGACCCGCUACGCCUUCACCCGCGACGUGAUCCGGGAUUUCCCUCUCCGGCGCGUCAGCCGCCUCCACGCGUGCGCCACGGAGAAGGAGGUCCUGGAGCUGUGCGACGACUACGACCGGGACCGCAACGAGUUCUUCUUCGACCGCCACGCUCAGGCGUUCGUCUUCAUCAUGCUCUACGUGCGCUCCGGCAAGCUGCGCUUCCUGCCCGGCCUGUGCGAGCUCUCCUUCUACUCGGAGAUGCUCUACUGGGGGCUGGAGAGCGCGCACCUGGACUCCUGCUGCCAGAAGCGCCUGGACGAAAGGCUCUCCGAGAUCGGGCUGGACGGGCUCUCCGAGGAGGACGCCGGGGAGGAGGCGGAGAGCGGGGGCGGAGAGAGCCUGCCGCGGGCGGCGCUCACCGGGCGCGCCAAGUGGAUGGAGAGGACGCGGAGGGCGUUCGAGGAGCCCAGCUCGUCCGUCGGGGCGCAGCUGCUGGCGUCGGUGUCCGUCAUCUUCGUCAUCGUGUCCAUGGUCAUGCUGUGUGCGAGUACUCUGCCGGACUGGGACACGGCCAAGAGGAACACCGUGGAGGAGCACCGGGUGGUGGAGGCCGUGUGCAUCGGCUGGUUCACGGCGGAGUGCAGCGUGCGCUUCCUGGUGGCGCGGGACAAGUGGGACUUCCUCCGCCGGCCGCUCAACAUCAUCGACGUGAUCGCCAUCACCCCGUACUACGUCACCAUGGCGCUGGCCCGGGCGGGGAUGCCGGGCGCCGGGCUGGGGGUGGCGGGCGUCAUCCUGCGCGUGCUGCGGAUGAUGCGGGUCUUCUGGCUGAUGAAGCUGGCCCGCCACUUCCUGGGCCUGCAGACGCUGGGGCUGACGCUGCGGCGCUGCUACCGGGAGAUGGUGAUGCUGAUGGUGUUUGUCUUCGUCGCCAUGGCGAUAUACAGCGCCCUGGCGCAGCUGCUGGAGCACGGCCUGGAUUUGGGCACGCAGAACCAGGAUUACGCCAGCAUCCCGGCCGCCGCCUGGUGGGUCAUCAUCUCCAUGACGACGGUGGGCUACGGGGACGUGUACCCGGUGACCGUCGGGGGGCGGGUCCUGGGGGGGAUGUGCGUGGUGAGCGGCAUCGUCCUGCUCGCCCUGCCCAUCACCUUCAUCUACCACAGCUUUGUGCAGUGCUACCAUGAACUCAGACUGCGCUCGGCCAGGUACGCUCGCAGCGUCUCCACGGAAAUCCUGCAGUGAGCCUUUUAUCCGCUUCCCGGACGUCUGCCCCGCCCUCUUCCUCUUUUCUAAUCUGCCGUACUUGGACAGAGGUGUUAGAAACACACAAAUCAUUAUUUAUUCAUCCCCGCCAGGCGGUGUCAAUCUGCUUCUCCCUGCACGCUUUGUUUACACUCCAUCGUCUUGUGUUUGCCCGGCCUGCAGCUGACCUAGAUCUGCCGCGUGUACAUGGACGCAUUUUUUUCCACUCAAAUAUGAACGCUGAAUUAGUAAUCCCACGCUUGAUUUUAAUCAAAUUCAAAAAAUGAUAUCUAACUGUCUAAUAAACAAGACCAGAAGCAAGGAAUUAAACGGAGACAGAAUUCAAUUUAGUGGCAGGGAGAAUAAUGAGAAUAAAUACAUGUUAACAGAUUCCGAAUAGUCUUUAAAUUUGGGGGCGUGAGAGGCAGGGGGACUUUGUCAUGAAUAAAUACAUGUUAUCAGAUCCUUGAUAGAUUUUUAAUUCUGGGGGCGUGAGAGGCAGGGGGACUUUAUAAAAAAUUAAUAAAUGUUACCAAAUUGUCAAUAGUAUUUAUAUUUGGGCGGGUGGGAGAGCAAGGAGUACUUUAUCAUAAAUAACUUCAUGUUUUUAA